GUUGAAGCUUUGCAGUCGGAAAAGAUGACCGAGAAGGUUUUGGUCCGUUGUCUCGACGAGUCGGAGCACUACCUGUUGAGGCUGCUGUGCGAGGCUUUGGAGGACAAGUCUUGUGUCAUGCACUAUCGCGGAGACUUGUGGACUGCUGCUUGGACCGGGCAGCAGCACCUUUGUCACUGCUUGCAGUUCGUCACUUCUUCGUUUGAGCUGCGGGCGGUCUGCGCCAGCCACCAACCGUUCGACCAGAACAAGACGGCAGUCAAUCAGAAGGCUGCCAUCCACGGCAAUUUCGAAGAUUCGAGGCAGCGGCGGCAAAGCUUGUGCAAGUACAGCGUGCAGAGCCCGGGCUGGACCGAGAGGCACAUGCUUGAAAUCCGGGUUACGACCGGGGUGUUGUCGCCCGUCGCCAUGGGCACCGACAUAUUACAAGGGGCAAAGUAUGCCACUGCGAGCUACUUCAUGCCGAGAUUGCAAACCAUUCUGCAAAGUCUGCACCCGCAGACUCCUGUGUACGUUUGCUCCCACACCAAGGACUGUGGCAAGCCUUUAAAAGCAGCUUAA